AUGUCUUUCUUCUCCUCGCACUUGUUUUCUCAUUGUAUCAACACACUUUCAUAUAGUACAUAUUAUCGGAAUAUUUGUUGUGUUGGCACUUUUGAUUUGAAUAAUUGGUAUCAUGGAGGAGAAAUUAAUGUGUGUAAAAUAUCAAAAGAAUUCGAUCGGCCAACCAUAAAAUUAUUGGCUUGUCUUGAUAACAAGAUUGGUAUUCAUAAAUUGGUCUGGUCAGAGAUAUUUAAAGAAUUAAUUACCACAGCAAACCAUGACGGAAGUUCCUCCUCUUCAAGAAUUAAACUGUUCGAUUCCAGAAACCUAGAAUAUGUGGUUCAACAAUUUAGUGAACAUUCAAAAAUUAUUAAUGAUAUCAAAUGGAAUAAUAAUAACAAGGAUGAAUUUGCCAGUGUGAGUGGAGAUGGUCUAGUCAAAAUUUGGGAUAAAAGAGUAAAGAGCAGUGUGAUCACCUUAUUAGACAAGGAACAGGGUGUGAUUCCAGUUACAUCUUGUGAUUGGAACAAGGAGAGUGAUUGGAUACUCGCUGUGGGAAAUGAGAAUGGUCAAUUAGUUAUUUGGGAUACAAGAAAUGACUUGCAACCCCUUCAAAGGAGACAAGCUCAUUCUUUUAAAAUCAAUAGUAUAUCAUUUGAUACUGUAGAUACUAGUCGAGUCAUGACUGGUUCUAAUGAUCAUGUAUUGAGGAUAUGGAAUUUUUCAAAAAAUCAACAAGGAAUCUAUCUUUCACAAGAGCAUAAAAUUCAUAGAGACAUUGUCAAAACUGCUGAAUGGAAUAUUCAUAGUCCAGAUGUUGUUACAUCUGCAGGAUAUGAUCAAAACAUAAUUACUAUUCCUCUAUUUAACAUGACACAGGUGAAAGAGUAUGAAUUGGAAGGAACACUUGUGGUAUGUUUUCAACAUAUUUAA